AUGGUUGAAGACGCAAAUGGAACUAAUUUACAAAAUUCUGCCAAACGUCAUUGUAUUAUUGACUCCGAAGAUGGCUUGAUCAUAAAUCCUCAACUUGCACUAACCAAACAAAUUUACAAGUCUUUUGGGAGUGCUACAACAGUUGAGCUUUAUAAUGAUACAAUCAUAGACACUCCAGUAAUAAUUAAAAGGCUUGACAAAAAGUUAUAUUUUUUUUAAAAAAUAAAAAAAAAUCAUUAAUUCGGUCUUCUUUAAUUUUUAUAAAAAAAAAGUCUGAAUUCAUUUCUUUUAUAGGCUCAGUCUAUCUAAAUAGCUAUAUUAUUUACUGAAGCCCAAAAUGAGUCUGCCAAAAGAGAGCUUGAAAUCCACAGAUCUUUAAACCACCCAAAUAUUGUCCAGCUCUAUGAUGGCUGUGAAACAAACGAUGAAUUUCUAUUUGUAAUGGAAUAUAUCCCAAGACACGAUUAUUUCACUGAAAAAAUUGAAGUGAAUAAUAGACCUUUUAACUCUAAAUCGGACGGAGGAAUUGACAAGCUGAAGUCUUUUACUUAUGAUAUAUUAAAAGGUCUAGAAUAUCUUCAUGAUAACCACAUUAUUCAUUUAGAUCUGAAGCCAGCAAAUUUAAUGGUAAAACCUGUGACGCAAAGCAAUGAAUAUCCUCUUGUCAAAAUCGGAGAUUUUGGGCUUUCCAGAAGGUUCGGCGAAGAAGGAGGGGUUAUUAUUGAUCAGAAAUGUGGAACUGAUAAAUAUAUCCCUCCAGAAGUCAGGAGUGGAGCUUGAAUAACCCCUGCAGUCGACAUGUGGUGCUUUGGGCUCAUUUUGCAUACUUUGACUGUAGGCUUUGCGCCGUAUGUUCUGAAGUGGAACCCAGGGCAAGAGAUUCCUUUUAACCCUCGAUGGUGGAAGAAAUAUAAAGAUACAGGUCUGACUGAUUUAAUAUCUAGCUGCUUAAAACUAGAUCCAGCAGAAAGAAUCACAGCAAAAGAAGCCUUGAAUCAUAAGUGGUUUGAUUGCAGACUGGGUUAA